UAAGCUAAAGCUAGUACUACGGACAAGGGAAAGUAUCAACGAAACGCAAGUGCCCAUUUCCGGCGAGAAAGAUCAAGGAAUUGCUCUCGAAGCAAACGAUUUUAUUGAGAGAAGAAUUGGAAAAUGGCAGCGAUAACGAGUGCAUUGAUAGCAGUGGCAGGACUCGUACUUGGAUGGAUAGCUAUAGAGAUCGCCUGCAAACCUUGUCUGGAAAAAGGCCGUCAAGCUAUUGAUCGAUCUCUUAAUCCCGAUUACGACCCCGACGACGAUACCGUUUCUUCUGACGUCCGCGCCCCUCUCAACCCUAACCCUGAUCCAGAUCUCCAAGAACACCAUCCCAAUCCCAACCCAAAUCCCAAGGCUGCUGAUGUCGAACCCUCUGCUGCUUCAAUUCCAAUAAAGGUCAUCUGAUCUUCAUUUCUGCCUGAAAGGAUAUUGGUUUUUUUCUUAAUUUUCACUAUUUUUAACCCUUUUUUUCCUCCUCUUGCUAAGAAAUGAAAUGAAAAUGUGGAUGAAGAUUAAAAAAAAAAAAAAAAAUCUCUUUCUGGGUGUUUGAUAGGUGUGGGAUGAUUAUGUUUUAGAUAGAAUUGGAUCAUGAGAUUGUGUAUGCUUGUAACUGAGAAAUUGUUUCCAAAUCUUGUAGAACUUUGAAGUCCUUCCAGUACUCUGGCUUCUUUAAAAUGGAUUCUUUUCCAUAUCAUAAUCUCAAAGAUAAGAAAUUGCUAAUUUCAUCCUUAA